GGCUUUUCUGGACCAUUUCCAGGGUGAAAUUUUUCCUUUUGGGACCCGGGGGUUGAAGUGGUGGAGAAAUCCAUGGAGAAAUCCAGCCUGGCCACGGGAGUUCCAGGUGGGAUUUGUGCCUCUAAAAACACCCCCAAAAAAACCCCAAAUAUCCCAAAAUAUCCCCAAACACCCCAAAACCCAACUGCUUUUCCACCCCCAAAUCCUCCCAAGCUCCCAUUCCAGAAGUUUCCAGGAGGAGCCACCGCUGUUUCUCCUGGAUUGUUUCAUCCUGCCCCUCCCCUUCUGUGUUUUUUGGUAAAAGUCUGAUUUUUGAGAAAUGAUGGCUUUGGGUUUUUACCUAUCAGGUGCUUUCUGAGCAAGGAAGGAGGAGCCUGGCAGGAGGUUCCGGGCCGGGGUUUUUGGCCGGUUUCGGGUUUUUUUGCCAUUCAAAAAUCAUUUCCCGGCAGCAAAACCUCGGGGCAAACUCCGAGCUGGGUUUCCCUGGAGAGCAGCGGGAUGUGAUCCAACCCCGGGACUGGGUUUGGGUCCAAAUCCUGGAAUUUCCAUCCCUGGAGGUGUCCAAGGAGCAGCGAGGUGGGAGUCGGUGACACCUGGGAUUGUUGGAUCCCGGAGCUCUUCUCCAGCCUCAGGGAUCCUGGAAUUCCUGCUCCGCCCACGCCCUGAAAAUUGGGAAAAGCGGCGAAAUUUGGGGCGAGAAAAAGGCAAAAAAAAUUCAAUUUCAAAGCUGCUCCAGUAAAACCAGUCAAGAUUUUCCAGCAGCAGAUCCACGGCUGGAUUUUCCCAGCCUUUCCCGGCCAUUCCAGCGGGAAGGUCCAUCCCCAUCUCCAGGUGGUCCCAACCCCACCCAGAACGAGGAUUUGGCUUCUCCAGAGCAGUUCGAGGCCCCCCUCAGCAGGAGGACGGAAUCCUGGAGGAAAAACCGAACCCCUUUUUCUGCUUUCUUCUGCUUUUUCCCUUUUUUCACCUCAGGGCCGCGGAGCGCAGCGCCGCGCUUUGAAUAAUUUCCGACCGAAGGAGAUAAAAGGUGAAGAUUGGACCCAAAAAACAGGAAAUGAGAGGCCGGGGGGUGAAGAUCUUCCUGCCAGCACCCGCUCUGAGCCCCGGGGCCGCCGAGGCUCCGUGAUCCCGGGAUGGGCUCCGGGGCCUGGCUCCGGCUGCUCCUCACCCUCGCAGCUCUUUGGGGGAUCGGAGCCCAGGAAAGGCUGCUGGGAAUUCUGGGCGAGGCGACGUUCCUGCGGCUCCCCCGCCAGCUCCGGGAGCUCACCCAGCAAUUCGGGGAAGCCUCCUGGAAAAAAAUCACCCAGGAGCCGCUGAGGAAGAAAUUCCUGCUGAAGAUUUCGGGCGGGAACCAGACGGAGUACGAGCCGGGGCGGAUGCGCUUCCACAGGGAGGACUUUUCCCUGGAAAUCCUCAACACCAGCCGGGAUGACGGGCGGCUCUACGAGUACAGCGUCAGCAAGGGCGAGGAGGAGGAGGUCUGGCAGGUCCAGCUGGAGGUGUUCGAGCCCGUGGCCCAUCCCAGCAUCCGGAUCCUCCGCCAGGACUCCUCCAACGGGAGCUGCUGGCUGGCUCUGCGCUGCUCCUCGGAGCGGGGCGACGACGUUUCCUACAGCUGGGCCAGCCGGGACAACGGCACCGGGGGGCUCUGCCGGGCCAACGGCAGCGUCCUGGCGCUCCGGUUCCCGCUGCGCAGCGCGGCCUUCGGCUGCGUCUGCACCGCCCGCAACCCCGUCAGCAGCCGCCGCGCCGCCUUCGACGCCGCCCGCUGCGGCUCCCGGCACCGGGGUGUCCCCGAGGUGAGGACAGAGCUCCUGGUGCCUCUGGUGGUGCUCGGUGUCAUCGCCGUCAUCGUCAUCGUGGUCAUUGUCACCUGCAGGGCCACCCGCUCGGCCAAAUGUGACCAGGACCCCUCCCAGGUCACCCCAGGCCCCUCCCAGGUGACCCCGGCCAGCGCCACCAUCUACGCCCAGGUGCAGCGGGUGCAGAAGCCCAAAGGGACCGUCCCCAACGCCACCCCCCCGUCCUGCACCACCAUCUACGCCGCGGCCACCGGGCCACCCCCGGCCCCCGACGGAGCCCCCCGGUCCCCGGCCGGGUCCCCAACCCCGCGGGGACGCCCCCCGCUGUCCCAGGAGCCCACGACGGUUUACGCCAGCGUGACCCUUCCCGUGGCCUGAGCCUCUCCAGGAUCUGCCUUCCCGGCCGGAAUCGCCGCUGAUCCCUGGGGAUCCUUUGGGGAUCCCUGGGAAUCCUUUGGGGAUCCCUGAGCACCCCCAG